AACAACGCAUAUGGAAAAAGUUGCGCUACGAGAAUGGCAACAUCUCUUACUAAUUUGCAUAUUAAUUCCGGCUUUACCAAUAAGAAAUAAGAACGAACCACUCUUCAUCGUGAUUACAAUAUGACAGCAAAUUAAGUUUGAUCAUUCAGUUUUGUUUAUAUAUUGCAUGAGUACGGACGGUUUUUAUUCUUCACGGUUUUGUUGUUCAAACUCAAAAUGACGCAGUUAAUUUACACUAAUUUUGUUAUUCUCUUAAUAACUACCUCAAUAUUUGCUUCAACCGAUCCAAGUGCAUCUAAGGAUAUUUCCACGUCAUCAAAAAGCAAUGACCAAUCUGAAUAUAAAAUGUGUGUUCCUCACACACUUCAAAAUAUUUGCGAAAAAUUGGUAAGCAAACGGAAUUCCGAAUAUACAGCAAUUAAGUGUGUGCCUGCUCGUGAUCGCAUGGAAUGUUUAGAAAAAGUGCAAAAACGCGAAGCGGAUUUUCUGGCAGUUGACCCGGAAGACAUGUACGUUGCACUCCAAAUGAAAAAUGAGGACUUUACUGUCUUUUCGGAAAUACGCACUGUAGACGAACCGGAUGCCGAGUUCCGUUACGAGGGAAUUAUGCUAGUGCACAAAAAUUCAACAAUAAAAACUUUAGACGAUCUACGAGGAAGAAAAUCAUGUCAUACAGGAUAUGGACGAAAUGUUGGAUAUAAAAUACCAAUUACGAAAUUAAGAAAACACGGUAUUUUCAAGUUAUCCUCAAAUCAAUACUUGCCAUCUGUUGAGAGGGAAUUGAAAGGAUUGUCAGAGGUAUUCACACAAUCUUGUUUGGUUGGAACGUGGUCGUCCAAUGAAGAACUUAAUCAAUUAUAUAAAAAGCGAUAUUCUAAUUUGUGCGCAUUGUGCGAAGAUCCCGUUAAAUGCAAUUAUCCGGACCGUUUUUCCGGCUAUGAGGGCGCUAUUCGAUGUUUAGUUGAGAACGGAGGUGAUGUUGCUUUCACUAAAGUUAUUUAUGUUCGUCGUUUCUUUGGAUUACCAAUAAACAAUCAAAAUCAAAAUUCCCAAACUGAGCCACAAGCAAAUCCAAAUGAUUAUGAAUAUUUAUGUGAAGAUGGUACUCGUCGAGCAGUGACCGAUAAACCAUGUUCAUGGGCCGCUCGCCCAUGGCAAGGUUAUAUGAGUAAUAGUGAUAUUACGUCGACAAGUUUAUCACGUUUGCAAGAUCGCAUCAAGGAAUUUUACGAAGAAGGAAAAAAAUCAAGUGACAAAAUGGCAGCAUCAAAACUUUGGAUUAAUGAGAAAAAUGUAGUUGUGACGAAGCAAGAACUAGUUUUACCUGGAAACCAUUUAUCGCGAGCUCAGUAUAAAGAUGUUAUCGAACGAGAAGGACCAACUGAACAAAAAAUCCGUUUGUGUACAAAUAAUGAUAUUGAAAUGCGAAAAUGUGAAGUUUUGCAACGAGCAGCUUACUCCCGAGAUAUUAGGCCACAAUUUUUGUGCGUACACUCAUCAGAUUGUAUUCAAAGCGUACGAAGUGGAGAGAGUGAUGCAGCCAUUAUUACAAUAAAGAAUCGACAAAAAGCCAGAGAAUCGCAAUUAAUUCCCAUCGCUCAUGAAUUAAGUGACAUUCAUUAUUUUGUUGUUGUAGAUAAAGAACUGAGUAAUGAACUGCUUGCAACAACUCCGAUAAAAUACGAUCCGAAUGAUGAGAGAAGUCGCGACGCCGCAUUGAAUUUCAAUUACAAACGUGGAAAUGGAAAGUGUAUGGGACUUACAACGGACGAGUCGAUGAACAUGGUUCGAGUUAUCCAUUUCAAUCAAAACAUUAGCAAUGUAGACAUCGAUUCAUAUGAACUAGUGUGCCAAGGUACAAGAAAGGCAAUUGUCAUUGAUCAAGUGGAUGCCAAUAAUUGUGCAUAUGAUGCAACACCGCCCGCCACAGUAUACACCAGAAACACUUUAAAAAGCUAUGAACAAGACGGAAUCAAACAUGCAUUUUCGGCUCUAUCUCGAUAUUUCGGAAGAGACGGUAGCCUUGUUGAUGUCUUCAAACUUUUCGGCGAAUUUGAACCAGGACAUCGAAAUGUACUGUUCAGCGAUAGUGCAAAAUCUCUGAUUACUGAUGAUUCCAUCAAUCUUACCGAAUCAUAUUUCAAUUAUGAUGGCGACGAAGAAGUAAAAUACAAACAGAUUCAAUGCCGAAAUUAAAUUUGACCUUAUAAUCAAAUUUAUACACGAACUCUGUAUGUCUGUUAUCUAUUAGACAAGAGUCAAAUAAAAUAAAGUACCAACAUAAUUAUUAUGUGUAUUUUUAAA